CAUCAGUUCCUCAGACACGCAGGUCAGAGGAGGAUAAAUAUCAUGUGUCAAACUAAAGAGAAGUAAAUGAUGAGUGAAGCUGCAGCUCUUCCAGUGAGGACAGCACACACAGAGCAGAGAGACGGUCUACCUGGACGUCAUGGAUCACCUGUUGGUGCUGCUGCUGCUGCUGCUGUGGAGCUCAGGACUCCAGGCUGAAGAAAAUCACAACUCAACAGAGUCUGAUGAUGUCAGGUUGGUGGGAGGAGACAGUCGCUGUGCAGGAACACUGGAGCUGAAACAUCAGGGAGACUGGAGACCAGUGAGGGGCCGUUACUCUGGCUGGACCCUGAAGGAAGCAGCUGCUGCCUGCAGAGAGUUGGACUGUGGCUCUGCUGUUUCUGUAGAACAGAGAGAGGAGUCCUCAGACAGAUCUGUGUGGUGGAUCAGGCCUGACUGUGUUCAGUCUGGAUCUGCUCUGAGGGAGUGUGCAACAUCAAGUUCCUCUGACUACAUCCUGAAUCUCACCUGCUCAGACUCUGUCAGGCUGGUGAAUGGGACUAGUCUGUGCUCAGGCAGACUGGAGGUGAAGACUAACCACUCUAACCACUCUAACCAGUGGUGGUCCUCAGUGUGUGAAGAUGACUUUGACCAGCAGGAUGCAGAGGUGGUCUGUAGGGAGCUUGGCUGUGGGGCUCCUACAGUCCUCCAGGGGGCGCUCUAUGGAGACGUGGAGGCUUCAAUGUGGACCAAAGAGUUCCAGUGUGGAGGAACUGAGUCUGCUCUCCUGGACUGUAGAAGCUCAGGCUCAGAUAGAAACACCUGCUCACCUGGCAAAGCUGUUGGACUCACCUGCUCAGAGCCUGAUGAUGUCAGGUUGGUGGGAGGAGACAGUCGCUGUGCAGGAACACUGGAGGUGAAACAGGGAGACUGGAGACCAGUGGAGGGCCGUUACUCUGACUGGACCCUGAAGGAAGCAGCUGCUGCCUGCAGAGAGUUGGACUGUGGCUCUGCUGUUUCUGUAGAACAGAGAGAGGAGUCCUCAGAGAGAUCUGUGUGGAGGAUCAGGCCUGACUGUGUUCAUUCUGGAUCUGCUCUGAGGGAGUGUGCAAUAUCACGUUCCUCUAACUUCAUCCUGAAUCUCACCUGCUCAGACUCUGUCAGGCUGGUGAAUGGGACUAGACUGUGCUCAGGCAGACUGGAGGUGAAGACUAACCACUCUAACCAGUGGUGGUCCUCAGUGUGUGAAGAUGACUUUGACCAGCAGGAUGCAGAGGUGGUCUGUAGGCAGCUUGGCUGUGGGGCUCCUUCAGUCCUCCAGGGGGCGCUCUAUGGAGACGUGGAGGCUUCAAUGUGGACCAAAGAGUUCCAGUGUGGAGGAACUGAGUCUGCUCUCCUGGACUGUAGAAGCUCAGGCUCAGAUAGAAACACCUGCUCACCUGGCAAAGCUGUUGGACUCACCUGCUCAGAGCCUGAUGAUGUCAGGUUGGUGGGAGGAGACAGUCGCUGUGCAGGAACACUGGAGCUGAAACAUCAGGGAGACUGGAGACCAGUGGAGGGCCGUUACUCUGGCUGGACCCUGAAGGCAGCAGCUGCUGCCUGCAGAGACUUGGACUGUGGCUCUGCUGUUUCUGUAGAACUGAGAGAGGAGUCCUCAGAGAGAUCUGUGUGGUGGAUCAGGCCUGACUGUGUUCAGUCUGGAUCUGCUCUGAGGGAGUGUGCAACAUCACGUUCCUCUAGCUCCAUCCUGAAUCUCACCUGCUCAGACCUGCUGCUUCAGCCCAACAUCUCUGGGUCCUCCUCCGUGGACCGGGUCUCCGAGGCCCAGCAGCAGCGGUUUCACGUGCUCAGGGGCUCCACCUUCACCAUCAGCUGCUCCGUCCAGCCACAGUACCCAGGAGGCUCCUUCCAGCUCACCUUCACCUCCUCCACCUCAGCACUCAACUACACCCAGCCAGCUGCCAAUCACUCCGCCCACUUCCUGUUUCCUGCUGCAGAGCCCGCCCACCAAGGAAGCUACAGAUGUGUUUAUCACGUCUAUGUUUUUUCUCACGACUUCUUCUCUGAGAGCCGUCUGAUCUCUCUCACCGUCGCAGAUCUAAGGCCUUUCAUCAUCAGAGCCAUCGUCCUGCCGCUGAUUCUGCUGUUGGCGAACAUUGGCCUUUACUUCUACUAUAAGGGCAAGAGGGGGCAGAGGCCGAGCAGACGGGAGAAGGCUGAGCCGGAUUAUUAUAACCUGGGUGUUCCUGCAGCUGAAGAGGAAGGAGCUCAGGGAGCAGAGUAGCACCUCCAAGGAGCUCAUCUCACAUCCAGAUGGAUUUAUAACACACAACCCAGCAGCAGCUCAUUUUAGACGCAUGUUCCCUUUAAACAAGAAGGCUGCUUCUAUUCUAUUACAUCAUAUACUAUAUCUGUUUCACUCUCAACAUGAAAACCAACAAUGUGUUAGUCUCUUCUCUGUAGAUCUGGAGCACAUCCAGGGUUGGUGAAGCACAUCUGCUGCCACGUUGACAAUCUGUUGGUGUUUGUGAUUCAACAAUAUCUAUAAUGAAUGAAUCAAAGUCAUGUAGCCAGCAAACACAGUAGAGGAUUAAAAACCAGAGGCUGUUUUCACACCAGUUUCAUCUGGUUAGUGACACAUGAACUUUAUGAGCUCACUUUAGCGCUCCCUUGUGGUUCACAUGGCUCAUUUAUUGUUGUGAGCAGGACCACAUUUAGCUAAAAAAAUAACCAUAAUAAUACAAAUGGGAGCAAAAAUAAAACAGUAUUAACAGCUCAUAGUGUGAUGAAGGAAUUUUAGUAUUUCAUUAGAAUUUUGCUUAAUUUUGUACAUAAGAAAAAUUUAUAAUUGAGGAUUUUACUUUUACUACUUUUUACUAAAUUUUCAUAAUUAAA